AUGAGGUUUAGCCCGAAAAGAUGUCUCCGUAACGCAGUGAUAAUUGUUAUAUUGUUUAGAACGUUUAAGAUUCAGUGGCGGCAAAGUGCAAGGCUGGAAGUCGCUGUGGAAGAACUUGAUUCGAUAAAUCAACCUAAUAUUCAAAAGACUGAGGCGUAUUCGGCAGUGCUUAAUUCGACUCAACUACAUUCAAGCCGACCUCCGCCUUCAACUAAACUUCAAUUAACACAGAUACCUUCCAGUGUGCCUGAUUCAACUGCAACCCUGUUAGAGCAACCAAAAUUUCUUAUUCUUGUUUACACUAAGUUCUGGGGACAGGUAAAAUGGGUUGGCGAGCAUCGAGGCGACUGCAUUCUUGAUCAAACCAGCAGAACUCAAUGCCCAUUAGAUAGAUUUGAAAUAACCUACGACAAACAGCGGUUUUUGCAGAGCGACUUAGUAAUAUUUCACGCGGCUGGCGGGAACAUGCCAAGUGUAGAUCACCUGAAGUCAUUAUCAAGGAACAGGCCUGCUAAACAGCGCUGGGUUUAUCAAACUAUGGAAGGGCCACUGGUGACUCCUGAUCCAGCGCCGUUAAACGGAUUGUUCAACGCAACUUGGACGUACCGAGGUGACUCCGAUUUUUCAGCUGCCUAUUCAGCGUAUGUACCCGUCUUUCCUGAGGAAGCGGUGGAUAGAAUGAAAACUAUGAUCGACUAUAGUCGAGGAAAAACUAAACUUGUUGCAUGGCUGGUGAGUAACUGUGGAUCUCAACUACGUAUGGCCUUCGUCCGCGAACUGAUGAAGUACAUCAACGUAGAUGUAUACGGAGUCUGCUCCAGCGCAUUUGGCCAGCAACUAUCGUGUUCAAAAUCAGGUGAAAAAGACUGCUUAAAACAUUACAAAUUCUACCUUUCGUUUGAAAAUGCGUUGUGCAAGGAUUACAUCACUGAAAAGUACUGGGAUCAUUUAGGUAAAUAUAUGUUGUUGUUGUUUUUAAUCAACUAUUUGUACAUAUUUCAUCCGACAUAAAAUUAUUUUCGUAAACAAGGUGACUAAGGCCAAACAUCACUACAGUACUUACCCGCUUAUAAGAACCUGUAUUUAAGAACCUGUUAGCCUAAAAUUCUCAAUUUAGACCCCAUUUACAUAAGAACCUGUUUAGCCUAAAAUUUGAAACAGGUUCUUAUUUCAUGGAAAAUGUUUCAGUUAUAACUUCUUCUGUCAAAAAAAAACAUUUUAUUCAGGCACAUGGACAGAAGUAUAUAUAUACAUAUCUAUUUCAUUGGAAUAUAUUAAUACAUGAACUUUUAGUUUUAGCUUGAUACUGAAUGUAUCUACUAAAAUUGGUCAUGCCUGUGUCAUUAAAUUAAUAUAUAUUCCACCUUUCUACCAUUUACAGAUGUAUAAUAUAUUUCUCAUUAUAUAAGAACCUAUUUAAGACCCUCUGUAGCCUAAAAUUCCACUAAACACCAUUUACAUAAGAACCCGUUUAGGCUAAAUCUGAAAAAAUAGGUUCUUAUAAGCGGGUAAGUACUGUAAUUGUUAGCGACAAAAACGAAAGGACUUCUUCAAGCGGAUUCUGAAGCCACUCUUCAUCUUUUAUAGGCUUAUUCAACUUUAAUCAGCGUUGUCUUUUUUAUCAAUGCAAAAGUUUUUCUUCCUUAACAAUAGCUCGUAACUAAGCUGUCUUGUCCUAACAAAAAUAUCAAUAUCACGAAAGUUCAGCUCUCGAAUACAAAUGAGGCGCAGUAUUUAGAUAACACAGAGUAUUGACGUAGGUUUAAUUUGCUGAUUAAAUUCAUUAGUCUGAGUAACCAGUAGGGUGCUAUCGAGUCUUGGAACAAAAAUAUUUUGUUUUGAAUAAAAUUCGUAAUUAAUUUCAAUGAGAAAACGAAAUUUCUGAUUUUUUGGCAAUAUAUGAAUUAAAAUGAAUUUUGUUUGAUAAGUCAACAUGCAAGGGUUUCAUUUCCUAUAAUGCACUUACUUUCGCAACUGACGCGAAUCAUUAAUUUUACCAACGCGAAGACAUUAAGCGUCCUUCAUCUGUGUUUUCGCUAGCCUGCGUAGCAGGCGUCGAAAGGGGCAGGCUAUGUUUUCGCUUAAUUUGCGUGCACCUUAUAAACUUUAUAUCUGCUUCGUUUAGUUAGUAACGACACUUCUAAAGGUCCCAAAAGACCUUGACCAUGCCAUCUGAUUAAGAGGUAUGUAGAUUUUACCUUUUGGUGUAUGCGAAGUAGUGAGAAGCAGAUACUAAAACGUACUUUAAAACGUUUCUUUAUUAAAUCUUUUGGACAACCACAGUUAACCCAAGCUCGAAAUGUGAGCAUCAGCGAGCAUUGGCAUUGUUGCGUAACGUUCGAAAUGUAAGGAUUUAUAUGGGAAAAAACCUAUCGUCUUUGUAACCUACGAAAAUGAAAGCAUUUCAAUAAAAAACGGCUUACGUAACAUGAGGCAAACCUUAUGUAGAGAGAGAACACCGUUUACAGUACAACCCAUAAAACGGCCAUAAAUCGGCCCAUGGACCACACAGGAGAGACGUAACGCACAUAUUAUGUAAGGUAAGCUGUUUUUUUUUUAUUGAAAUCCUUUCAUUUUCGUAGGUUACAGAAACGAUAGAUUUUUUCCCCAUAAAAAUCCUUAUAUUUCGAAUGUUACGCAACAAUGCCGAUGCUCAUAUUCGAGCUUGGGCUACCUCUGGGACAACUUGGAUAAAAUUUUAAUUAGCUUCAUUACAUUAAAGCAACCGUAGAAGGACACGUGGCUGUACCUGUUGCCACUUUCGGUCUGCCUCUUUCACGCGAUAGACGGUAAGAAGAGAUAUCAUUGGGAGACACCUGAUGUUGGUCACUAAUUUCUUGCUCUUUCAGGAGAGUACACGAAUGUUGUUCCCGUUGUGAUGGGUGGCGCUGAUCCCUCAGACUACAAACGAAUGGCUAUUCCGGGGUCUUAUAUCAAUGUUGUGGACUUCAAGACUGUAAAACAACUAGCAGAAUAUCUUCAAUAUUUGGACAAAAACAACACAGCUUACAACGAGUAUUUUAAGUGGCGGUUAAAAUACAAAAGAAGUCCUUAUCACUACCCGCUGUGUAACUUUUGCAGAUCACUCGCCUUAAAACCUGACCUUAGAGAAACGAAAAUUUAUCACGAUCUUCGCAAAUAUUGGUUAGAAGAAGGAAUGUGUGAUCAACAGAACCACCGUAUUAGAAACAUGUGGUAA